AUGGCGCGUUCUAUACUCUUUCUAGCCCUAAGUUUGGGCGCCGCUGCCCUUCCCGCCUCGUCUGGUAUGAACAACAUCAAAAAUAUUGUUGUUUUGGUGCAAGAAAAUUUGUCUUUUGACCACUUUGCUGGCGGUCUUGAUUAUGAUUCUAGCAUUGAUGGCCCGCAGAAUCCCCAAUUUUGUAACCCAGCCGAUGUUUCCCUUCCUGAUUCGGUUCAGGUCUGCGCAAACCCUAUCGCGAAGAACAUCGCAUCGGACGACCCCAAUCACAGUAUUUCGGGUGGCAAUAUGCAAGUCUUUGGCACUUACCACCCCGCCUCUGGAGCCAAGUCUUCCAUGGACGGUUUCAUCAGUGAACAGCGCGCCUCAUAUCCAAAGGACGACCUGAAUCGUGCAGCCGAGGCGAUCAACUAUUUCACCCCAGACCACAUUCCAGUCUUCAACUCCAUCGCACAAAACUUUGUGCUAUUUGACCGAUGGUUCGCUGCUGUCCCGGGCCCUACAAACCCCAACCGUGCUUACUUGACAUCUGGAACAUCCCAUGGUCAUGGUAAAAAUGACGACGACUUCAUGACAUCCGCACUACCACAAAAAUCCAUCUUCGAGCAGCUGUCAGAGAAGGGCAUCACUUGGAAGAACUAUGAGAAUUCGACUAAAUCGGAUCCCGCGUUCUUGCCCGAUGCUUUAUUCUAUGACUGGACUGCAAAGAAUGGCAAAGAUAAUGUUGUGCCGAUUUCUCAGUUCUAUACUGAUGCCGAGGCUGGCGAGUUGCCACAAUUCACUUGGAUCAACCCCGAAUGUUGCUCCUAUAUGUCGAUGCACCCUCCUUCCCCAAUCAAUAUGGGUGAGAAUUUUGUGAAGGGGAUCUACGAGGCUGUGCGCAGCUCCCCACAGUGGAACGAGACACUCUUCAUUUUGACUUGGGAUGAGCAUGGUGGUUUCGCGGAUCAUGUUUCGCCUCCCACCGAUGUUCCUGCGGGUGACAGUCUGACUUACACUGAGACUGCUGGGGAUGGUCAGGAUUACACUUUCCAUUUUGAUCGCUUGGGCAUUCGGGUUCCAACAGUCUUGAUCUCUCCGUGGGUGUCGAAGGGUUUGGUACAACACAAGCCCAGUGACGACAACGAGUUCACCCACACUUCCAUCCUCAAGUUCGUGUCCGAACUCUGGGGAUUGGAUAGUCUCUCCCCCCGCGUGGAAUGGUCACCUUCCUUCGGGAAUUUGAUCACCAACAGUUUCCGAAGUGAUACUCCAGAGAAGUUGCCGGACGCGGCAGACUUCUGA